CCUGGCGCCGAGAAAGAAAACCUGGGCCUGCCAAGCUGUGUCUGUAGACAAUUCCACAGUAAUGAAUCCGUGUGCCUUCACAGGAAUGGAAGAACACAAGGAAAGGCCUAAACGGCAGCGACAAAACAACUUUGCCAUGUUUCCCUCUCCUAAAGCCUGGAAUUUCAGAGGGCGAAAACGGAAGCAGAGUGCCCAAGAUGAAGAUGCUGUUAGCCUUUGUAGUCUCGACAUAAGUGAGCCUAGUAAUAAACGGGUCAAACCCCUUUCCAGGGUCACAUCACUAGCAAACCUCAUCCCACCUGUGAAGGCUACACCAUUAAAGCGCUUCAGUCAAACUCUACAGCGUUCCAUCAGCUUCCGCAGUGAGAGCCGUCCUGACAUCCUUGCCCCCCGACCCUGGUCCAGAAAUGCCACCCCCUCGAGUACCAAGCGGCGAGACAGCAAGCUGUGGAGUGAGACCUUCGACGUGUGCGUCAAUCAGAUGCUUACGGCCAAGGAAAUCAAACGUCAGGAGGCGAUCUUUGAGCUUUCCCAAGGAGAAGAAGAUUUGAUAGAGGACUUGAAAUUGGCAAAAAAGGCCUAUCAUGACCCCAUGCUGAAACUCUCCAUAAUGACAGAACAGGAGUUGAAUCAAAUUUUUGGAACACUGGACUCUCUAAUUCCUCUACAUGAAGACCUCCUUAGUCAGCUUCGAGAUGUUCGAAAGCCUGAUGGCUCCACUGAGCACGUCGGUCCCAUCCUUGUGGGCUGGCUGCCUUGUCUCAGCUCCUAUGACAGCUACUGCAGCAAUCAAGUAGCUGCCAAAGCUCUGCUGGAUCACAAGAAACAAGAUCACAGAGUCCAGGAUUUCCUCCAGCGAUGCUUAGAAUCCCCAUUUAGCCGCAAACUAGAUCUCUGGAAUUUCCUCGAUAUUCCAAGAAGCCGCCUGGUAAAAUACCCUCUGCUUCUCCGAGAAAUCCUGAGGCACACACCAAAUGAUAAUCCAGAUCACCAGCACCUGGAAGAAGCUAUAAACAUCAUUCAGGGAAUUGUAGCAGAAAUCAACACCAAGACUGGGGAAUCUGAAUGCCGUUACUAUAAAGAACGGCUUAUUUACUUGGAAGAAUGCCAGAAAGACUCCCUGAUCGACAGCUCGAGAGUACUGUGUUGUCAUGGUGAACUGAAGAACAACCGGGGUGUGAAACUGCAUGUUUUCCUGUUCCAAGAAGUACUUGUGAUCACUCGAGCUGUCACCCAAAAUGAGCAGCUCUGCUACCAGUUGUUCCGGCAGCCGAUCCCCGUGAAGGACCUCUUGCUGGAAGACCUGCAGGAUGGAGAAGUGAGGCUGGGCGGUUCCCUGCGAGGGGCAUUCAGCAACAAUGAGAGAAUUAAAAACUUCUUUAGAGUAAGUUUCAAAAAUGGAUCCCAAAGUCAGACCCACUCACUACAAGCCAAUGACACCUUCAACAAACAGCAGUGGCUCAACUGUAUUCGUCAAGCCAAAGAAACAGUCCUGUGUGCUGCUGGACAGGCUGGGGAGCUCGACUCCGAGGGACCGUUCCUAAAUCCUGCCACCGGGAGCAGGGAGCCACAGGGAGAAACAAAACUUGAGCAGAUGGACCAAUCAGACAGUGAAUCAGACUGUAGUAUGGACACAAGUGAGGUCAGCCUCGAUUGUGAGCACAUGGAACAGACAGACUCUUCCUGUGGGAACAGCAGGCAGGUUGAAAGCAAUGUCUGACAGAAGCAUGUACUUCUGAGAAGUAGCCCUAUAUCCUACCUGUACAGUAUUUGCAUUCCACACAUGGAACGGUUUGGAGAAGCACUUUUUAAUACUUUUGUGACCAUGUUGACCUAGUCUCUUGUAUCUGUACCUUUGUCCUUAGUACUGUAACUACCAAUCUGUCUGUGUAACCUGGAAUCUAUGGCAACUGCUCUCUAUAUUGUAUUUCACAAGUGUCUGGAUGGAUGAAGAGGUACUUGAACAAGUUAUUUUCAAAUGUCCUGCUGGAUUUAAAAAAAGAGAAAAAGAGUCUCUAAACUACUGUUUCAUAUAGAUUCUUACAGAGUCCUUCCAUGUUUCUCUAGUGCUUUUCUAGCUCUUUGAUGCAGUAGCUGAAGGCACAGAAUUUAGGGGGCCUUGCAAACAGGACAUGAAGAAGUCACUCGUGUAUGAGGAAGUCACUCUUGUAUAGUGAUGGCAUUUGAAGGAAAACCUAGGAGCAAUCAGUCAUUACAGUGAACUUGAUUAGAUGUUUUACAACCAGAAAGCAAAUAAACAUCCCUGGAGGUUCUGGAGGCUUAAUUUUGCAAAGGAAGAACCACCCUCUUGACCUUGUAAUGUCAUCCAGUGCAAAUUUGAUGCAAUAAUCUAUUAGGGCAUGAAAUAGAGCCUGACCUUAAAAGGACCAGCACAAAAACUGCUGUCAGCUCUAAAUCUUGAACUGAAAUGUGCAUUGCACCUAAGAAUCUCUGGCAUAGUUGUUGGCUUGCCUUUGAGAGCCAUUUCUAGCCUAAAACAUCAGAAUUGAACUCAAAGGGCCUGAGAAAACCUGGCAGGAUAACAAGAAAGCCCAUCUUCAUUUUGUUUCAUCUACCCAGGCCUACUCAUAUUUUAGAGCAUGAAUGAAGAGACAAGGAAAAAAGACUGAAACCGAGUCAGUGACUCUGUUUAUAGAAUCAUGUGAGAAGGAAAAAUUUGGAGGAAGUACUUCAUAAUGACUUUAUGUGAGAAACAUUAAAAGAAAAAAGUCCAGUGCCCUUCCGGAAACAGCCAGAACCUUGGGUUCUCCUGCUGUACUUUUGGGUCUUGAGUUUGCCAUGUCUUGCUCUGUGCUAUCAUCAGCAUCAUAAUUAUAUUCUCUAAAGGCCAACUUAAUUAACUCUAUGAUUAAUUAGGGUCAGGUAGCCAAACUAGUACUUUUUGCCCAGCCUCUAUUUACAGUGUAGUGUGGGUCGUAGACUUUAAAAAAAAAGUUAACUGAAUACACAGAAAAGCUUCCUGAGAGUGUAAAUAUUUGACCUGUGCAAGAUUCUACCCACACCAGCACUAGUAGUAAUGAUGCUAAAUUAUUGCCAAAAAAAGUUUUGUACUCUUCUGUGUCUUUCAAGUUUACAUAAAAGAAAGCAGUAAAUACUAUGUUGUCAUUUUAUUAUGUACAUCUAUCGUGCAUUCAGAGAAGCUGUGUGACAAGAUUUAGCAAUAUAAAAACAAGGUAUGUUACUUAUUUUUCAAAAACAAAAAAUAUUGUGGUCAAUUUUACCCUGUAAACAUAUUUCUGUAUUUAUAGAUUUUAAACAUGGUGAAUUUUUUUUCUAUUACAAGUUUAUUUAAAACUGCUUUGUUUCUGAAUUUGUUACUGAUUUAGUGAGUGAAUGAAACUGCUGCAGCUAGAAGCAGAGAAAAACUGUUUGAUAGUGGGGAGAAGAAUGAAUCAUUAUUUGCAGGAGCCAUCGGCCACUUCAGCCACUAGGUUGAAAAAAGAGAUCUGUCAAAUGUUGGCUUAUGGGAAGAAAGUUAAUGAAUGUUUUGCUGAAAUGAAUGUUUUUGUAUAAUGGCCUUAAACUUUUCU